UAGUCAGUCAACCUACACCAGUCUUUUGUUUGUGACUCGCGCGCAACCGGGCCGACGCAUGCGCGUAAAUGAGUUAUAAAUUAAACAGUUUUUAAAUGAAAAAUAGUGAAUAAUGGCUAGUUUGAUGAUACAUGUGACUGUAUUGUGUUUUGUUAAUUUGAUUUUGGAAGCAACGGAUGGGCUUGCGGUGCCAUCCCGACGCACAUGUGUGAUUGGCGCCGGUUACGGCGGGCUUGCGUCUGCGCGGUACCUUAAGCAGUAUGGCGUCGAAUUCUCAGUGUUUGAGGCCCAACGAAGCCUUGGCGGAAACUGGAGGUUCCAAACUGAUUUGGAGGAGGAUGGCCUGCCAGAGUUCACGGGGAUCUAUAAGCAACUAAGGACAAAUACACCGCGGCAGACCAUGGAGUUUGCCAACUGGUAUUUCCCUGACUCCACGCCGACGUAUCCCAGCGGUCCCUGCUUCUACAAGUAUCUGAAGAACUUUACCAAAGAGUUCGAUCUUGAGAAACAUAUAGAGUUCCGCUCUUUAGUGACGUCGGUGAAAUGGGCGGGUACUCAAUGGGAGAUCUCAUACACGAAGACAGACACCAAAGAGAACGCAACGGCGACAUGCGAUUUCGUGAUCUUUGCCACCGGACAUCUGGGCAAGCCGAAGAUACCUAAGUUCGAGGGUCAGGAUAGUUUUAAAGGCAAAAUAAUUCACGUACAAAAGUAUAAAGAUCCCGAGCCAUUCAGAAACCGUCGGAUCCUUCUGAUUGGUGCUGGCCCUUCAGGGUUGGAUCUGGCGACGCACCUGACCAAUCAGAGCUCGCGAUUGGUCCACAGCCAUCAUCUGAAGUACAACCAGCCGUAUUUUGGUGCUAAUUAUGUAAAGAAACCUGAUGUGAAGAUGUUCACGAGCAACGGUGUGGUGUUUGAGGAUGACAGCUUUGAAGAGAUUGACGAUGUGAUACUUUGCACAGGAUAUGAGUUCGACUUCAGCGUUCUACAUGAGAGCUGCGGGCUGACGGUCUCCAGCAAGUUUGUGCUGCCGGUCUACCAGCACAUGGUGAACAUCCGGAGACCCAGCAUGGUGCUGCUGGCGCUGCCUAAGCCAAUCAUCACCCGGGCUAUUGAUGUUCAGGCGGAUUACGCAGCGUCGUUGGCAGCGGGUAAAUUCGAACUGCCCUCACAAGAAACAAUGCUCAAGUCGUGGCUGCAGCACGUGUAUUCCCUGCAGACCAGGGGCAAGAAGAUCGUCGAUGUCAACUUCUUAGCCGACCAGCAGGACCAGUACUUCGCCAACCUCACCGCUGAAGCCGGCAUCACGCGCGUCGCUCCUGUACUAACCACAAUAAGGGACUUCAACGCCAAGAACCGCCUCGAAGACUUGCUCAACUACAGGGACUAUGACUACAAAGUACUCGAUGAUCACAAAUACGACAGAUUCUACAACCCGAGGAAUGAGACCUGUAAUAUUUUAGCCUAGUAGUUCGAUAGUUUUGUAGAGUAGGGAAAAAGCGAGUAGGAAUAGAACAGCUCUCUGAAGUCCUGUAGUUACUUCUCGAAGUUUUGCGAAUGUACGGUGUCUGCUAUUUAUAAGGAUACAGUUAAAAUCACAUUCCAAGCAGCCGUUUGUGCUGUUUGCUUUAAGAGGAUUGCAAGUGGUUGAAGUAGUGCCUUCAUAUGUCAUUUGAGUUGUAAAACUACCCACAAAAUGUAUAUCCAAACUACAUGGCAGCAAAAUUCUGUGAUGAAAAUAGACAAACUUCGAUCUUUAGUUUCAGCGGACACAGUAGCCCUGGGUCUAGGGGCAAAAAUAUAUCGGGAUGACAACUGCUACGAAACAUAACGUGAUGAUUUCAAUAGGUACAUUAUUUAACGUUCAUCUGGCGUUUUGUAUCACCUUGGCGAGGCUAAUUAGAUGAUUGUGCGAGCGGGACUGACCGGGGAUGCUCGUAUCAAUCUGUGCAUACUUAUGAGGUUAUCACAGAUGUGGAUCCGCACGUCAUGCUACUCCGGCGCGUGAGCGAGACAGCGCUAUGCACCUAUAUAGCGAUGUUCCGAUCUCAACCGGAGUGGCGUGCGGAUCCGCACCCAAUGAGAAGACUGCACUAUUUCCUAGCGCCUGGAAUAGUUAAUAGUUCCCAGGCAUCAGGCGGCGUCACUUGUGCCCACGGUACCGGCUAGUGAUCGACAGUUAUCAUAAUUAUCCAUACUCGAAAGAACAAAAAUUUGAAUUACGCAGCAAAUUGUACCUAUUGGAUCACAAGUUUGAUUUUAAUUUGAAUUAUGACGAUAGUUACCUAUUGUAGAUAGUUUUGUAUAAGUACAAAUAUAUAGGAUUUAAUAAAGA